AUGAAUACAACGCCGAAUGAUCCAAAUGAUGAAAUAACAGCUGGCCAUCGACCAACACCAACUACAAAUGAUGAAUGGAAUCGACAGACACUUGUUGAUGCACGAAAUAUUCUUCAAACACAACAAUCGAAUGAACCUUCACAACAAAUUAAUGAUCAACGAUCAGGAAAAAUUGGUAGACCAGUUAUUUAUCCAAAUCAUGUUCUUCAUCCCGAAGUGAUUCCAUCAUUAAAUGAAGUUCCAGCUGAACUUAUUAAACGUCGUAAUAUUCGUUUUACUGAUCCAUCAACAAUGGAUUCAUUUGAAGUAGAAAUGCCAUUAGCAAUUGCUAGUUCAUUACAAGAUGAACUUGAUCGUUCUAUACAACAUCGAGCAGCACAAGAUCGAAAUACGGAUCAACAUGCUACUACAGUACCAUCAGCUACUGAAAAUAUUUUAUUUCAAGCACUUAGUCCUGAAAAAUCUUAUCCAAUAACUGGACUAAAUGAAUCACUUGAUAGUAAUCAACCACAAUCAGCAACAAGAUCAUCAGUCUAUGAUAAAUCAAGUUUAGAUGAAGCAUUUCAACGAAUAAAAAUUGCUGGUGAUUUUACCGAUAUGUCACAUAUCGAAGAUUUAGAAGAUGCUGUCGGUCCUUUACUACGUGCAAUGGUUAUUCGUGAAAAAUAUAUGAUUUUUAGUCUUCAAUCAUUUCCGCCAACAGUUGCAAAAUUUUUAACAAAAACAUUAGAACAAGAAGAUCAAUCACGUCGUGCAUCAUCAACAAUUCGAGCAAAUACCGGUCGGGAUCAGGCUCAAGCACCUCUUUCAUCAUGUUCUUCCUCAUCAUCUUUAAUAUCGAAAUCCAAACUAAGAACUAGUUCUGCUAGUGUUGUUAGUGGACAAACACCACCCAAACAGGUUAUUCCAACCGCAUGUCCACGCACGACAUCACAACAGCUAGUACCAAAUAAAAUCUCACCAUCUGUAGACAAUAAUGUACCAAAAAAUUCUACUGAACCAUAUUCUGAUGAUUCGCAUCCAUUUCACCCACCAGUCAUCAAACGUGAAGAUGCAUUUAAUAUUCCAUUAUUAGAAGCUCUUGAUGUUCGUGUUAAAGCAGAAAAAGGUGUCUUUCGUGUUCUUAUACCAGAUAGUACAAAAGAAUGGAUACCAGUGGAUAAUAUACUUGUUGAUCGUAAUCAAUUUAUUGAUGAUUAUACACUUCUAUCAGCUAUGAUAACCGAUGGUCCAUUAAAAUCUUUUUGUUAUCGACGUUUGCAAUAUCUUAAAUCGAAAUAUGAAUUACAUUGUUUACUUAAUGAAGUUAAAGAAUGGGCUGCAAUUAAAUCAACACCACAUAGAGAUUUUUAUAAUGUAAGAAAAGUUGAUACACAUAUUCAUGCAGCAUCAUCAAUGAAUCAAAAACAUUUAUUACGUUUUAUGAAAAAGAAAAUGAAAACAUCAGGUGAUAUGCAUGUUUAUAAAACUAAAGAUGGGAAAUUAAUGACAUUAAAAGAAGUAUUUGAUGAAUUAAGAAUUACAGCUUAUGAUUUAAGUGUUGAUAUGCUUGGUGUUCAUGCAGAUCGAAAUACUUUUCAACGUUUUGAUCGUUUUAAUGCAAAAUAUAAUCCACUUGGUCAAAGUGCUCUACGUGAAAUUUUCAUUAAAACUGACAAUUAUAUUGAUGGCGUAUUUUUUGCUGAUUUAUUAAAAGAAGUUAUGGGUGAUUUAGAAGAAAGUAAAUAUCAACAUGCUGAACUUCGUUUAUCAGUUUACGGUAAAAGUAUUGAUGAAUGGGAUAAAUUAGCAAAAUGGGCUGUUAAAAAUACAAUGUAUUCAGGAAAUAUUUGUUGGAUGGUACAAAUACCUCGUCUUUAUGAUGUUUAUCAUGCAAAUGGUAUAACAAAAAAUUUUCAAGAAUUUUUAACAAAUUUAUUUCAACCAUUAUUUGAUGCAACAAUUAAUCCAUCAUCCCAUCCAGAUUUAUAUCGUUUUAUGCAUCAUUUAAGUGGUUUUGAUUCAGUUGAUGAUGAAACAAAACCUGAACGACCCAUUAUUACAGCUGAAAUGCCGUAUCCAGAAGACUGGAAUACGAAAGAUAAUCCGCCAUAUGUCUAUUAUUUAUUCUAUAUGUAUGCGAAUAUUCUAACACUUAAUCAACUCCGAAGAGCUCGUGGUUUAAAUACAUUUCAAUUUCGUCCACAUUGUGGUGAAGCUGGUGCAGUUACACAUCUAGUUACAGCAUAUAUGGUUGCAGAAAAUAUCUCACAUGGUUUACUUCUACGAAAAUCGCCUGUAUUGCAAUAUUUAUUUUAUUUAUGUCAGAUUGGUAUUGCUAUGUCACCAUUAAGUAAUAAUUCAUUAUUUAUUAAUUAUAAUCGAAAUCCAAUGUUGGAAUAUUUUGAACGUGGCCUUUGUGUUUCAUUAUCAACAGAUGAUCCAAUGCAAUUUCAUUUUACUAAGGAACCUUUAAUGGAAGAAUAUUCAAUUGCUGCUCAAGUCUGGAAAUUAUCAUCUGUCGAUAUGUGUGAAUUAGCACGAAAUUCUGUUUUAAUGAGUGGUUUUUCUCAUGAGGUUAAAAUGUAUUGGCUUGGUCUUGAUUAUCAAGAAUCCGGUGUUGCUGGUAAUGAUAUUCGUCGAACAAAUGUUCCUGCUAUUCGUAUUGCAUAUCGAUAUGAAGCAUUAUGUGAAGAACUUCGUUUACUUGGCAAUGCUUAUAAAAGUCGACAAGAACAUAAAGAAAAAGAGCGACGUUUACAACAAAUACAAACAAAAUCAUCAUCAUUAACAAAUCUUGAGCGUGUUGUUUUGAAUAAUGGCAAGCAUAAUUCAACAUCUACUAUUUCCCCGAAUCAUUUAAUAGUAGAUCAUAAUUGCAAUCGAAUGAAUGAAACAGACGAUUCAAAUAAUGAUGUCUCACUCUUCUAA